AUUUUUUUGACAUUCAUCUCAUCGGCUUGUCAUCUAUAUCUCUGUCAUCCAUUGAUCAAAAAUUUCAAGUUUCAUUUUACUAAAGUACCUAUUCAAAUCAAUCAUAACACAGAAGAAAGUAUGCAAGAAGAUAAAUACAAUGAACAAGAAACCCCCGAAAAGAAAUGCUGUAGCUAUAAAUACGUUCCAGUAGAAGAACGAAGGAAGCAGUUUGUAUCAGACGCCCUUAGAGAAGCCGAAGACCGUAAUACGUACGCAGGAAUUUUAGAAAAUCAUCCAAAUGUCAACCCCUUUAACAGAUACAAUAGUACCGUCCAUCCGGCAGUCGAGAGAUGGUUCAAGGCAAUGAAAACUAAGAACGAAGGUCAAAUCACGUCUAAGGAAUUACAGCAAGCCUUUGAGGUUUUCCAAGGGAAACGUUAUUCAGAUGGUGCUUGUAAAUUUGUUGUUAGGCUAUUUGAUUUGGACAAGAACGGUGGACUAGACAUCAAAGAAUUUGAAUCUCUAUACUAUUACAUCAGACAAUGGGUAACAGCGUUCAAUACAUUCGACAGAGCUAAAUCUGGAUAUUUGGACGAAGCUGAAUUGGACUAUGCUUUAAAACAAAUGGACAUUAAUUUCACUCCAGAAUUUUUACGAUUUUUAGUUACUAAAAAUAAUCCAAAAGCCAAAAAAAUUUCUCUGGAUCAAUACGUGAUAACUUGCAUUCAAAUCCAAAGGUUUACCGAUGAAUUUAAAAAUCGGGACAUCAAUUAUUCGGGAAAUAUCAAUAUAAAAUACGAAGAUUUUUUGGAAAUGAUUCUCAGGUGUCUUUGAUAUGACACUGUAAUUUUGUAAAAAUAGGGAAAUAGCUUACUUUAAACUGCAACACGAACCAAUAGCUAUUGUAACGUUAUACUUAAUUUGAAUAAUAAUAUUCAGUUUCUCGAAUCUCAAUUAUUGAGACUUGAAAAAUAAAUCUCAUCGUCCGAGGGUCGGUAUUUGUGAAGCAUGGGGGCAGUAGGAGAAAUUU